AUGCCAGAGGAUUAUUCGUCAGGUGUGCGGUGGAAUCAGGAACUUCUACCGCCACCGCCAGCACCACCACCACCUCGCAUGCUCAACAGCCAAUUUCGCGUUUGUCGUCGAAUUCGGCGGACCAGCAUUCGCCAACACACACACGCGCGCACACACAACGGUGACGUGUCGCUUCGGGCCUCGAAGCCUGUCACCACAAGUCCCUCCAAUAGGACACUUGGGCAUCGGCGCCACAAUCUCACAACCACAGCACUUGACUUGACCUUCGUCGGUGCGCGAAUGCCCGUUUCACUGACGCGAAAUGAUGGAAUUCAGCUGGAACCUGUGCACUCGUGGGGGCGAAAUUGCUUAGGAAGCGGUUUUGUGUGGCGGCGAAUGGGAGAUGGAGCAGUCCACAAAUGUGCAGUAGCGUGUGGGAUUAUCAGACCCUUAAGAAAGUACUACUUUAAGGAUGUCUACGUGGAAAGCAAGUGGGCGGAGUUUGGGAGGAAUUCCACGCUCUUAGGAGUGGAGUUUGGCGCAAGUCCAUUCCCCCUAAACGAUUUCUCCAGCCUCAGGAUAAGUAAACAAGUGAGUCAGGAACUGACCUCAGCCACGACCAGCGAUCAACUUAUUGAUACCAAAGCCGAUUUUAGCGAUCAGCUAAUUGGUAGCAAAUGCCACAGCAACAGGCCGAUCACUGGCAAACAGAAUGACGCUUUCACUACCACCUGUCAAUCAAGCCGUGACUUGCGGUUCUUCCGGAAACACAUCAACGCAGCAACAGCACACCGCACAACCGAGCACGAGUCUUUGCGCGGUAAACCUGCUGCCACCGUGGUCAGGAGGGAUCGUGCAUACGAGAAAACAGCGCGUACAGUACCCACAAAUCAACGCCGACACGACCCCAUUUCAACUUCGAGUAGGCGCAGAGGGAAUAUGCAAUUUGGAGGGAAUGGCACAACCAGCCAUGCCACCAUCUCCCCAGCCAACCUCGCGUACCGCACGUGGGGACAAACUCAGUGCCUUAUGAUGCCCAAUCACGUUGGCGGCUCUGGUCCGCUGCUCACCAGAAUACCCUCCACCACCACCACCCCCACGACGGCCGCUUCGUGCUUCAAAUCGGACCCACUUCGCUUACACACAACGCAGCCAAUCAGACCUCUGCUAGUCCGCCACGCCGAUGCCUCCAACCUCGCACACAUCUCGCAUACGCAUGGCCGCAACGUCGUUGGUGAAGACGCCAGA